AUGAGCCCGCUCUAUUUGCUACAGAAUUCGACCACGACACACCAGAGCCAGCUCAAGAUGUCGCUAGUAGAUGCAACUGGGUGCGAUGACUCUGACGCGAUGCGGAUUUUCCAUGCGGACGGACGGAUAGAGAAUGCACUGCAGCCACCCGAAUACUACGCUUACAGCCCCAGCCCGCCACACUCGGAUGCUUGGGAUGAUGGGCUGCAGGCGAUUGAGCAGUUUAAUUGGAGGGUGUGUGAUGAGCCGGGUCUUGCUGAUCCCACAACAGAGGCCACGACAUCAAAGACUGGAGUCAUUUCUACUCCCCAACACCAUAAAUCUGCUCGGCUGCCUGAAAGCAGAGCGCGACUGGACACUGUCGAUAGCAUCACUGCAAGCGACGACCAUGAGAAAGCAUCAGUGACACACCAAAUAACAUCCGAUAUCCAGCAAGAGACCGCAAUUCCACCAUCAUCAAUACAGCAAAUACUCCUCGAAAACGAGGCGGAAACACAAACAACAUACAUUGCUUCUGAUUCGCCUUCACCGCCCGGGAUAAAAAGUCCUGAACGACCCAACGUGAAGAUUAGUGACGCAUUGGCCUCACAUGAGGUAUCGGUCGCGCAACCACGUGGCAAGGGAACGGAGUAUGACUUUUCAGAUAAAAAUAACGAGCAAGAGGCGACCUCAAACGGCAACCCAAUCGCUGCUGGGAUCGCUGAAUCUCCAUUAUUGCAAGGUGAGCCUCGCGUUUUGGGGCCACGGGUUGGAGGAUCUGAUGCAGUUGAGCAUCCUGGAGACGAGGAGCUCUGUAGAGAGAUGCAGGGGGUCUCAAUUGAGCGUCAUCAGAACAAUGCCUUAAAGGAGGUUCACUGCGCGCCUACUGAGAAAGCUGCCGGUGUUCCAUCUGACUCUUCGCAGCAGCAAAGUCCUCCGGGGGUUCUAGACGCACCUACUGCUGCUUCUGAUCGGAAUGAGUGUGGCGGAGCUGGAGAAAAUCAGCAGUUGCAGGCCUCAUCACCAGACACUGUGCAUACUAGCACAAAUGUUGUAUACUCGCCACUUGCAGGGGAGGAUACCCCUGGCAAUAUUAUUAUCGAAGAAGGGGUUUGGAAAUCACAGCUUCGGGAGGCGGCUGCAGAAGUUGUCCCUGUGGCGAUUUCGAAGCUUUCGCUCCGCCCCUACACGUUUAACGAGGUAGCCAUGGACAAUGCCCGCGAGAGUCCGGAGGUGAAGAAACAGCCUCAGGACAUGUCUUCCGGAAUGGAAGGGGUUGAGAUUCCAGUAAAUGAAGCUGAUGGAGGCUCAAAAGCACAGGAAACAGAAUUAGCGGAUGCAACUAAUAGCACUGUAGAGUUAUCUCGGCCAAGUUCGUCCAUCGUACCCACCGCAAGUACAGGAGCCACUCGAAAGCGAAAGAAGCCAGCGGAGGAGGCAGAGAAAAUGCCCGAUUCGGAAGAAGAGGCCCUGGAAAAGAAGAAGGCACGGAUACUCGUGCCUGAGGAAGAUGAUGCUAUGGACGAAGACAUACGUGCUGGCACUCAAGAUCAGGGUGAAGACACUCCACAAAUCUCCGAUAAAGGCGAUUCCAAGGCGCUCAAUCUACUUGAAUAUGAGGACAAGAGCACUGAGUAUGACGAACUCAACAAGGUCAAAGGAUCCUCAACACCCUCUCGCCCCAACCGAUUCGCCUACGGAAAGCAGGCAAGUCCAGUCAAAAACCUUCAAGCACUCUAUCCACCAUCCCCCAAGCAUCUCGUUAAACAAACCGCUGAUGCCCAAAGCGCGGUCAAGGAGGAAGAUAUCAUCAUGGAAGGCCACCUCAGCGACAUAAAAAACAGCGCGCUCCCCAGAACCCCAGAGCCAAAGUCGAUGCACACCAGAACACCCCGAUCGCGCCCCACCGUCUCCGCCCGCGAGUUAGACGCCCUCUCAAACAGUAAGCCCCGAUCUCGGCGCCCCGGCUCUGCAAAACAAAGUGUGCGAUAUAGUGCACCUCAAACACCAGAUGAAAACCAUACAUACUCCACCGAACGCAUCACGCUCACAGGGUCCACUACAUCCACCCCGCUCUCCCCCUCCCUCGAAACAGACGAACUCUUUUCCCCCUCCACGGCGAAAACAAAGGGAAAAACAAGCACAAGCGCUCUGUCGAAGAGGAAAUCUAGCACCCAGACCCAUCGCAGCAAGGAAGCACACACGCCAGUAUCUCGGGACGACAGCGCCGAGUCGGCAGAUGAACUCUCCCUACCUGGACCUGGGCGGCGAAGCAAGAAGACGGUGGGUGAGGGGAGAGCCAGGGGUAAACCUUUGUUUGAGGUGCGGUAUGGCAAGAGACAUACACGUGGCGAUACCAAGGCUGCAAGCAAGGAGGACACAAUGUCUCCGGCUGUUAGUGCGGGAGCUGGUGACGGGAAACCGCGAGAAAAAGAAGGACAAGGACAAGAACAAAAACAAGACCAAAAAGCCAUCUCCCUCCCCACCCCCAACACCCCCGCCACUCCCUCCAACACCAACCCCCACAACAGCACCAACCAUCCCAAACCCACCACCGCCACCAAUAUCUUCGGCUUCCGCACCUCCCCCCACGCCACCCGCGCCCGCGCCGCCGUCGCCAAACACGUGAGAGCCUUGACUGCGAGUGAGGAUCUGUGUGCGAUGAAGCGUGUGCCGCUUGCUAAUGCUUGUGAAGGGAAGGGCAGGGCGAAGAGGAAGUCUGAGGUGGAGAUGUUGGUGGAGGGGAUGGGGGUGGGUGUGGGGAGGAGGUUAAGGGGGAAGUAG